GAAGCGAUGGGACGAGGUGAUACAGGACAUGGUGUCGAGAGCGGUGAAGAGGUGGGAUGAUUAUGUGAAAACCUACAGGAGUUCUCAGUUGAUAGACUCCAAAGAUUUGGGAUCGGAGAAAGCUGUUGAGUCUAAAGAAGAGGAAGAAGGAGAGGCCGAAGGGGAUUGGGAUUGGGAGCGGUGGAAGCGGCAUUUUGCUGAGAUGGAGGAGCAAGAGAGGAUUGUUGCUGUGCUUAAGAUGCAACUGAGAGAAGCUGUUGCUAGAGAGGAUUAUGCUGAUGCUGUGAAGCUCAAGUUGGCAAUUUCUGGUGCAGAAAAAAAUGAUGCUGUGGGCAUUGCUUUAUCUGAUCUGCAUAGAGCUGUGGAGGAAGAACGUUAUAAAGAUGCAGCUUUUCUUCGAGACCAUGGUGGUGUGGGAUUGGUUGGGUGGUGGGCUGGCAUUUCAGAAAAUUCCAGUGAUCCUUAUGGUCGGAUUAUUCAUAUCAGUGCGGAGCAUGGGAAAUAUGUUGCAAAAAGUUACAGUUCCAGGCAGCUAAUCUCAGCUGGGCAAGGUUUCCCUCUAUUUGAAAUCUAUUUCACUAUAAAGGAUGGAGAAUACAAGAAACAGGCUGUCUAUUUGAAGAGGUGGAGCAGAAGUUCUGGAUCUCCAAAGAAAUCAAUGCAAAAGUCAGAAGCUAGCAACUUAAGCCAAUCAGACAGCUCGACUGAUGAACAAGAUAUAUAUACUGACGUUAUAAAAACCACUGAAGAGAAAGAUGAUGAUUCUGAUGUUGCUGACGGAUUAGCGGGUAUACAAAAUGUUCUACGAGACAUGAUUCCUGGUGUGAAAGUCAAAGUCUUAAAAGUUGUAUCACCAGGGAAGGUAGACAGAGAUCUGAUUGCUAAAGUUGUUGAACAAAUUAUGGAGGAUGGAGAUGAAAGCAGUGAUGAAGAGUUAGAAGGUACAGAAAUAGAAGAAGUUAAAGCAGAUAGUGAUAUUGAAAUUGAGGAGGUGGAAACAGAUGCUGAAGAUGUAGCUAGCGAUGAUACGGAAAACGAACACGAGAUCUCAGUGAAAUUUGUAAUUGGUACUCUCAUGCAAGAAAUGUCAUCAGACCUGCCUCCUAAAGACGUAGUUCGUGUGCCGGCUAAUCUAGAGAAAAGGGAUCGAUUGUCAUUUUCAUUUUCCAUAGAACAGGAUGAUAAGGAAACCAAUAUGAAAGGGAAGGUUCUGCAGAAAAGAGCUGCUGCACUUUCAGCACAACAGAGUUACAAUGUCAUGUCUGAUCUUGCAAAAGUCUUCCGUAGUAAAGAGAAGGUACCCAUGAGGGUACUGAAAGAUGUUGGAGAGUUGAUAAGUCUGACCAUGAAUCAGAACCAAAAUCAUCAAUUUUUGUCUGGAUCAACAAUCUUCAAUCGUAUUGAGAUACCAUCCACUUCAGAUCCCCUUAAUGGGCUGUAUGUGGGUGCUCAUGGAAUGUACACAUCUGAAAUCCUUCAUCUGAAACGCAAGUUUGGUCAGUGGAAAGAGGAUGAGGCAAAUACGAAGCACAUGGACCUGGAGUUCUAUGAGUAUGUAGAAGCCUGUAAGUUGACAGGGAGUGCAUCUGUUCCAGCUGGUCAGGUUGCUUUUCGUGCCAAAAUUGGCAAGCAAUAUCAGUUGCCGCAUAAGGGUAUUAUACCUGAGGAAUUUGGCGUGAUUGCUAGGUACAAGGGGCAAGGGAGGAUUGCUGAUCCUGGUUUCCGAAAUCCUCGUUGGGUUGAUGGGGAGCUUGUGAUUCUUGAUGGAAAGUACAUCAGAGGGGGUCCAGUUAUCGGAUUUGUUUAUUGGGCUCCUGAAUAUCAUUUCUUGAUAUUCUUCAACCGGUUGAGGCUUCCGGAGUAGAUAUCUUCUGGUCACAGAUAGUUGAACGAUGCAUUGAUUUCAUAGUUGAAGUACAGUUUCUGAUGUGCGCGCACACACUUAUAUGACUAAUACUGUCAUCCUGACGUUAUGGUUUCUGAGAUAGAUCAAUGAAGCACAGAAUCAGCUCAUCUUAAACUGCUGGCUUACCAGAGAGACCAUGGUUUGUGAUAUUUUGUGGUGGGGGAUUUGAAACUUAUUCAGCCCAUGUUUUGUAGUUCCAAGAAUCAAGUGCAUGUGGAGUUGUUCUUUAAACUCCAUGCAGUACGUCUAUUGUAUGGAAAGCUUGGUUUGAAUGCAUUUAUUGGAUCAGAUCGCUCUCAGUUUAUUUACAGUAACUGCACCGUACAAACUCAGAGGUUUCAGCGUUCCGCGUCAUGUACAGUAUCAGUGGACUUGCUGACUGCAGAAAGUUGUACAUUGAGCUGGAAGAGGAUGUUUUCAUGCUAGCUAUGAAGCUAAUCUAUAUAUAUAUAUAUAUUCUAAAUGGCUGAAUUCUGUAUAACGGGAGAUUGUAGUAAUAUAUGUAUCUAGAAUAGUUAUCAAUGGCUCACAGGUGUCCAAGUUUAUUAUUGUCAUCAAGGGUUUCAAGUGUACUCAUCUUAUUUUUCUGGAAUCCCGACUGUGCUUUAACUUUUAUA